AUGGAAAUGAUCUUACUCUCUCUUUGCUUCACAACUCUCUUAGCGUUUUCCUUACUUAAAAAGAUCCUUGAUCGAACAGCAACCAGCAAAGCUAACCUACCGCCAUCUCCAUGGCGGCUUCCGGUGAUCGGAAACCUCCACCAGCUGAGUCUCUACCCUCACCGUUCUCUCCGUUCCCUCAGCCGCCGUCAUGGGCCACUCAUGCUUCUUCAUUUUGGCAGCGUCCCUGUCCUUAUAGUCUCAUCAGCCGAAGUAGCUCAUGAAGUCAUGAAAACACACGAUCUUAAGUUUGCUAACCGUCCGAUUGGAAAAGUGACCAUGAAUUUUCUGAAAGGUGGAAGAAAUCUGCUUCUUUCCCCGUACGGAGAAUAUUGGAGGCAGAUGAAGAGUUUAUGCGUCCUCCAUCUCCUCAGCAAUAAAAUGGUCAGGUCUUUUGAAAAGUUACGAGAAGAAGAGUUAAAUAUGAUGAUGGAGAAACUAGAGAAAGCGAGCUCUUCUUCUUCAUCGGUAAAUCUCAGUGAAACCAUCUUUAAUAUGGUUAACACUGUGGAUAUAUUUAUAGCAGGAACAACAACAACUUCUACACUCUUGGAAUGGACAAUGACUGAGCUUAUAAGACAUCCAGAAACAAUGAAGAAACUACAAGAAGAUAUCCGAACACAUUCAAGGAGUGGCUCUUACGUAACAGAAGAAGAGAUUGGAAAUAUGAAAUACUUAAAAGCUGUGAUUAAAGAGACACUUCGGAUACAUCCACCCGCUCCAAUUUUGAUUCCUCGGCAACUGAGCGAAGACGUCAAGUUAAAGGGAUAUGACAUUGCGGCUGGUACACAGGUCAUUAUCAAUGCAUGGACGAUCCAACGAGAUAGUGCAACAUGGGGAAGUGAUGCGGAAGAGUUUAAGCCAGAGAGACAUUUAGAUUCGGCUUUGGAUUUUCAAGGGCAGAAUUUCAUGUACAUUCCUUUCGGAUCGGGGAGAAGACAAUGUCCCGGAAUAGGGUUUGCUAUGGCGUUGGCUGAAGUGGCAUUGGCUAACCUAGUGAAUCGAUUCAGUUGGAAAGUCGAGGCUAGAACAGUUGGAGAUGAUGAUCAAUACCAUCUAGCUGAAGCUUUUGGUGUAGAAGUGUGCCGCAAGUUUCCUCUGAUUGCCUUCCCAUCUUCUCUUUGA